GGAUGUACCGCUAUCCGGAAGUUGCGUCAAUGUCCACAUGACUCUGGUGUUUCCACUGUCAUGCCGACCUCCACAAUGCUUGGAAGAGGCAUGGCUGUGGUCCUCAAAUCCAGUUUGUCACCGCUUCUUACCUGUUCGGCUGAAACGGGCAGGACGAAGACGAGUUGUCGGCUGUGGAUGAACCCGAGACCUAGACGGCUCUUUGCGGAAAGUAUGAGCUUGUGCACGACUGCAGGUGUCUCCCACAGUGAAGUCGAUCAGGAUUCGGACAAAAAUGUAAUUAAUGUUGUUUUUGUGGAUCGAUCAGGCCAGCGGAUUCCAGUGAAAGCAAAAGUGGGCGACAAUGCGCUUCAUUUGGCGCAUAAGCAUGGCAUUGAUUUGGAGGGCGCAUGUGAAGCCUCUCUGGCCUGCUCGACGUGCCACGUCUACGUCAGCGACGCCUUCUACGAUAAACUCCCAGAGCCCGAUGAAAGGGAAGAGGACAUGCUUGACAUGGCGCCCUUGCUGCAAGAAAACUCGCGCCUAGGCUGUCAAGUGAUCCUGACCCCAGAGCUGGAUGGUAUCGAGCUGACUCUGCCCAAAAUCACUCGAAACUUCUACGUGGACGGUCACAAGCCCGCCUCUCAUUGACCGACUGGGCUGGCACACGGAUUACGUGUCUCCUGCCUGUCACAGGAGUCUGCGCAGAAAGCAGCUGCUUGUUUGAGGGCUAAAGGGGCACCAGCACCCAGACAAGAGUUUAAGAAUUUGGAUGGAAGGGAGCAGCUGGCAGAAGUCCAUUUGACUCGAGAUCACACCGGCAGCUUUGAAAGGGGGCCAUGUUGGAGUUUGUUCUGUUGCGUUUGCCCAAACGUCGUCCUUACCUGAAGCACCUUCCUCCCAUUAGGGUGGCAGCCUCAUCUUCUUCAGCGUCUGCGCACAGUGGCCAGACCUCCACUGCCUUACACCGUGUGACUCUCGUCCUGUCCUAGGACAGUUACAGCCUGGGGCGCGUUUACCUGCCCUAAGAGUGACGUUAAAUCUGCGCCAUCAGAGGCUCACCUGCCCCCAAUUGAAGUGCUCGUGCCAACAUGGAGAGGGUGAAGUUUGGCACAGGCCCGCUUUUUAGAAGGAGAGGUGCAAUUAAAGGGGUGAAAUGGAGGAGUGAGAGUGAUGCCAUGGCGUACGUCUGUGUGUGUGUGUGUGUGUGUGUGUGUUCUUCAUGGCCAUGUGGGCUGUCGUGUUAAUUACUAGUCAGAUAUAAAUAUGUAAAAAUAUUUAGGUCAUAAUACCAAAUGGGGGAAGCCAAGCUCUGUGCUGCUCUUGAGUAACUGGACAUUUCUGCAGGUCUUUAACACAAUGAAA